UUUGGCACCAACCCUCUUUGCAAUCCGACAUAAAAAGCCUUCUUAAAAACCUACAUUCUCAUACAAGCCACAACCAACUCAUUCUCUCUCUCUCUCUCCAACCUUUCUGCAGCUCAAAAAUCUCUCUCAACUCUCUUCUCCAGCCCUCUCACAUUUGAUUUUGUUGUACCCUGGUGCUUUCUGGUCAGUUUAUGGAGUUGUAGGAGCCCUCUGUCAAUAAUCCUGUAAAACUUCCUUGUACUCUUUCACAAGGGCUCCUAAAACUCCAAAGCUUUCCACUUCUUUUCGAGGUAACAUUUAUGUGAGUAUUCUGCAUAGAUAUCUAUUUCUGCAAAGCAGAAGCAAAGAUGGGAGAGAUGUCAAGCUUCCAAUUGGGUGUUAUUGGCGCCCUGUUCCUUUCAGUUGCAUCAUCUGUUUCCAUUGUCAUAUGCAACAAAGCUUUGAUGAGCAAUCUUGGCUUCCCUUUUGCUACAACACUCACUAGCUGGCAUCUCAUGGUGACAUUUUGCACCCUUCAUGCUGCACAACGCUUCAACCUGUUCGAGAAUAAAUCAAUCGACAUGAAAACUGUGAUGCUUUUUGGCAUCCUCAAUGGUGUUUCCAUUGGACUUCUCAACCUGAGCCUUGGAUUUAACUCCAUUGGAUUCUAUCAGAUGACUAAACUAGCAAUCAUACCAUUCACCGUAUUAUUGGAAACUGCCUUCCUUAAAAAACAAUUCAGCCAAAAGAUAAAGCUGUCCCUCUUUGUCUUACUUGUUGGAGUUGGCAUUGCCUCUAUAACUGAUCUGCAGCUCAAUCUUGUCGGGACAAUCCUUUCGCUCCUAGCCAUUAUAACAACCUGUGUUGGUCAAAUUUUGACAAACACCAUUCAGAAGAGGCUUAAUGUCUCAUCAACCCAGCUGCUGUACCAGUCAGCCCCAUUUCAAGCAGCUAUUCUUUUUGUCUCCGGCCCUUUGGUAGAUCAGUGUCUCACCAAGCAAAAUGUGUUUGCUUACAAAUAUUCUCCCAUAGUCUUGGCAUUCAUCAUCCUCUCAUGCAUUAUAUCAGUAUCUGUCAACUUCAGCACAUUUCUGGUUAUUGGCAAAACAUCCCCAGUCACAUAUCAAGUACUCGGCCACCUGAAGACUUGCCUGGUUCUUGGCUUUGGCUACACACUGCUGCAUGACCCUUUCACAGACAGGAACAUCAUUGGAAUCCUGAUAGCCAUUUUUGGGAUGGGCUUGUAUUCCUAUUUUUGCACCCAAGAGAACAAGAAGAAACAAGCUGAUCCACUAGGGUCUCAGGUGAAAGAUAAGGAUGCAACACCAUUUCUGGCUAUGGAGAAAGAAGGUCAUGAAGUUAAGAAAUCAGACAAGGAUUCCCUUGUCUAAAGCAAGACAGGAUUUUUUGUCAUAAAGAUUUUUGUGUAUUAAGGAGUUCUUUCCAGACGUUUUGUCUCGAGUACACGUAAAUGACUUUGAUUCUUUAAAUAAACCCCCCUCAUUUCCCAAAUCCAUCUGUUCUUCCUCUUCACUACUUAUUGUAAAAUUCAUGGAACCAUAGACAAAUUGUAAUUCAGCUUCAUUGUUAGCA